AUGCACAAACAGGACCACAUGCAUGAGUGGAGAGUUUCCAAUAUUACUCUUCUUAGUAACCAGUCAUGCUUUAGAAACACAUGGAAACCUCUGCCUCUCCUAGUGAAGAUCAUACACAAAUCCAGAUUAAGGUACUAUGGCAAGUUUGGGCUCAAGAUUGAUUAUCCCUUCCAGGCAUACUUUGAAGUUGCUGACCAGAGUGGCACGAUGUCCCUCGUGCUUUGGAAUGAACUUUGUCCAGAGUUUUACCAGAAACUGAGCGUAGGCACUGUGUUGUACAUCCAAAAUUACUCCUUAAAGCAGAGUUAUUCAAACCGCUCACGCCCGCAAAUGGACCAUCACCAAAUGAAGACCUUUCACUCUGUAGAAAUCUGCCUGAACGCUCGCAACCCAACUUCAGUCGUCACUGUGGUCUCAGCAAAGAGCGUGCUGCCUCAGUGGGGAUUACCUGAGGUUUCCUACCUGUUCACCACCAGAUUACAGUUGGACGAAUUAUCCAACAAUUCUGCAUGUGAUGUCAUCUGUUUGGUGACAUUUGUUGGUCGUGUUGAAAGAGUCAAGAGCAAAGGGAAAAAGGGUCCAGAAAAGUUCUGGACAUAUCGCUGGAUCCAUGCGGUGGACGGAUCAUCCGACCGUCCUUUUAUCCUGGAGGUUUUUUCCUCUUCCCAACCGGAAGUCUUCAGUCGUAUUUGUCCAAUGACCUACCUGGUGUGCACUCAGAUGAGAGUUUGCAGAGUGGAAGGCUCGUUGCCCUACCUCACCAGCAGCUGUGAGACAGAGACGUUCAUCACAGGCUACCACAAAGGUCAGCCAUAUGUGAGUGACCCCAGAGUGAAGACUUUCAUCCAGUGGACCAAAACUCUGAAGGACAACGUUGUCCUUCAGAAGACUUCUGUUGGCGGACAUUACUGCUACCCUCGUCCCCCGCAGACAUUUACCCAGUCCAUGGCAGAUGCCUCAGCUCAAGUUCCUCUGGUUGCUGCGGCCGACUUGAAGAAGGAGAUGGAGACCCUCCAAUAUAGGGAGCAUAAAAAAGUUGCAAUUCAAGGACAGAUCGCGGCAGUGCGAUACACGAAACACCCCAAAUCAACAGAGUCUAGAGGAACAGAGGAGAGAGAAGUGCCAGAUGUUGCUCCUGAUGUGUGUGAGCCAAACACACAGGACCAUCCCUCCACAGCUGAGCAGACCACGGCUCCCAUUUCAACUGCUGAGGAAAUCUCAGUAAGAGGAAUAAAAAGAAGAAUUCAAACAAGAAAAGUCAAGCAGUUCUCCUUGAAUCUUCGUAGCAUGGCAGCAAAAAGAAACAGAAGGAGCUCAGAGAUUGAGGAAGAGAAAGAGAGCGACUCUGGAUCUGAAGACACUCCGAAUGUCGCAGACAGCCAGCAAAAUCAAGACUCUGAUGUCAUAUCUUGGGAAAGCAGCAGUUGGCCGAAGCAGAAACAGGAAGUGUCUGAAUAUCUGUGUGAAGGCGGGCUGCACCAGGACAGCGUGUCUCAGAGGUUCACGAUUGACGAAAAGGACGUCCUCCUGCAGCGGAGUAACCUUCAGCCGACGCACUGGACCCCAGAGCAGAGUGCGGACACCCCCCCUCCUGUGGUCUGUCCCGGGUUCUACCAAGUUACAAUACUAGGUGUCCAGGUGAUGCAGACAGAGUGCUUAUAG